UGUUUGAAGGAUUAUACCUGCGUGGCUCUCCCACAGGAACUGUAGUUGCCAAGCUUCCUAAACGCUGCAAUCCAUCAAUCAGCUUGCAGAUAACGUCACAGAGCUCUUCGACCACACAGCGCCCAACUGAUCGCCCCAACACGACAACAUAUACACAUUGCUGCAAAGCGCUUGAACAAUGGCAGCACCUACAAUCUCCGUCUGCAAGUUUGUAGGCACAGUCAGCCUGGGCCUACUGACGGGUGUUUCUGCGACCCUCUCGACCAUUACUUUGCCUGCACUGCUUGCACUGCCCACCGCCGUUGAUGCACGUACAACAUCAACCUAUGUAUCGUACAAGACACAGAACAUCACUUCGUACCUUCGUCAUAUCACUACCUUCACACUGUUCUCCGCCUACCUCUUAUCACCUCGUCGGCUGCGCCAUCCAUAUCUCCUCUAUACAUCGAUAUUCGCAUUCGGGUCCGGUCCAGCUAUUGACUACGCUGUAUCCUUCCGUAGCGGCACCAACGAACGGAGAACGGCAUUGGAUCUCGAAGCGCAGGGCGACGAUGUCAACGGCGAACAAGUGAGGCAGGCAGUUGAGCGAAAGAGAUUGACCGAAAGUAUCAAGGCAGUUUUCACAGGGCUGGCGUUUGGCAUGCAAGUUGUAGGCAUAUGGGGAGAUGGAGCGUAACUUGACAGUGGAAAGCCACUCCGCCUGGUGAGAGCUUCAGUGUGAUUACAGUAAUGUUUAUGACUCUUGAGGUGACGGUACAUAUAACGCGACUCAUUCUUAUCUCCGUAGCUGGUCUCUUCUCUCAACUUAGCGAUCGAGCAUUUCUCAAUUCGAAGCCACAAUUUGCAUCGCAGGGUCCUUGAUGAGAUCGAAACCGCUUGGUGGCGUCUGAUUCAAUCGUGACCGUUUCCACGAGAAAGAUCUUGUAUUUUAUGCGCAACGAACAAGAGUAACUCAGCAUUCAUAGUCUCUCUCUUGUCCGGAUUGCUUUUGGGCGAUGCACGGACUUAGAUGGUGGAGCACGAGACCCCCGCUGGUGGUUGAGGCUCAACUGCAGCGCCACAGCUUCCGGCC